AUGACGGGGCAGGGUAAAACUGGUUUCUUCAGCGGUUUCGAGCCCGUCGACACUGUCCUUGAUUUCCCACCCACCUACAGCAUCGAGAUCAAAAACACUGAUCCCAUUUUUUUCUACUGCUCAGCACCAGGGUCUUGCAUAGGCUAUGGCAUGGUGGGCGUUAUCAAUCCGAAUACCACGACGAGCAUCGAUCAACAACACAAAAUGGCGCUUGACAGCAGUUACAUGCUCAACCCUGGCGAGCCCUUUCCACCGGAGAGUACUCACAAGACACCCGGUGCUGGCCUCACGAACAACGACACCCAAAUUGAUCUUUCAGUGGGCGCUAUCGCAGGCAUCUCCAUCGCAGGCGUCUCCGUUUUCGUCAUCGUAGCCCUACUGUACUUCUUCUGGUGCCGCACAAAGAGCCUGAAGGAUGAAGUCGACGGAAAAGCAGAAGUAGCUGGAGCUCCUCGUCUGGAUCCAAAUCACAAGGGACCAGCAGCCAUGGUGGAAAGAGGUCCCAAUCGUUCUACCGCCAUGGCCGGCAACGGAGGUGACUAUUACCAUCAAUACCCGCAAAGGUCUAUGCUAUCGUCGCCCAUGGCAGAUCCCACCUAUUCACAGUAUAACUACAACCAACCCUACAAGUCGGCAGCACCAUCUUACUACAUGCCACAGCCCCCUCCUUCGCAUUCGCCGCCACCGCUGCCAACACAGCAGUACCACCCCCAUCAGUACAAAUACGACAUUAACGCACUGAUCGACCACCGUGCGCAUACCCUACCUCCCAUCCCUCAGCAAUCCCCACUCAACAUCCACGAUGCACUCGCCCACCGCUCCGUAGGCAGACCAUACGAACUCUCACCCUUAGGAGAUUGCAUGCGCAGCCAUCAAAACGACCGUCCCCAAGAUCAUCACGACUACAACCUCGACUCGAACGUUGCCGGUGACACUGACGUUAUAUCUCCGGCUCCUUCCGUUCAUCGCUACGCAUCACCACCACCGCCGCUCCGCGUCCUUGACGAGACGAUACCAAGUUACUACGAAACGGUGUACAGGCCCGAUCCCAAGCAUAUUAAUGGCAUGGGGACAAGCCCUAUAGAGAUGGACGGAAGGGCUUUGGCGGGGAAUGUCACGCCGGUGAGAAUGGUGGCGGCGAAGUGGGAGGAGGUUGGGGAGAAGGCUGUUGGCAGUGGAGGGACUUAG